AUGAAUUAUUAUGUUCCAGAAACACCAAGCUAUCCGUCGUACCCGAGAAACGGAUUGUCCUCGACAUUAAAUAACUCAAAGGGUACAAAGUUUUUGCAAAGUUUAAGCACAAGUAAUCAUUCUAAUCAUUAUAAUUCAGAGAUUUUGAGAAGCAGUAAAUAUGUGGACUUUGACCGUUCAUUCAAUUAUAAAGUUCCAGAGAACAAUGCGAGUAUUUUUAAUAUUCAAAAUGAUUUAGAUAGGUUUGAGGUGGAUGAGUUUCAUAUCAAUAAUAUUAGUGGCACGAAUACUACAAUUACUUAUUCGUUAGUACCAGAAUGGAUUAAUAACUGCUGUUAUGGUACAAUCCAAAACAAAAAGACUGAAUAUGGGAAGAAUCAAUUUGAAUUUUCAGGUAAAUCUUCAGGGGUUGCAGAGGUUCAAUAUAAUGGAAAUUUUGGUAGUAAUUUUCAAGAAGAGUGUUAUUCAGUUAAAAAUCCGUUUACUAAUACCGAUGAAAGUACUAAAGGAAAUUGUAGUAAUAAUAAUAAUAAUAAUAAUAAUAAUAAUAAUAAUAAUAACAGUAGUAAUACUAGUAUUCAUAGUAAAAGACCAAGACAUUUUUUCUGCUUUUCUUGUAACCAGUUUAAGCCGAGAAGCACAAAGGCCAGAUUUAAAGUUUGUAAACACGUAAGCUGUUAUCAUUGUUUAAGGAAGGCUUUGCAUGUGGAAUAUUGGGCAGCAAAAAAUGAUAUUUGGGACAAAUGCAGAGCUGAAUGUCCAUUCUGCCAUAUUUCUUUAGACUGGACAAAGAUGAAACCUUAUAUAGUUUUAUCUCUGGAAGCAAAACAAUUUCCACUUAUGUCUCUUUGUGAUGCUGAAGAGAGGCAAGGAGAAGCCUUUCAAGUGAUUCAAUCUUUUUUCCCCAAGGGAGUACCUUCUCACAUUAUAUAUGGUAAUAAGAUCGACUUUUCCGUCAAACCAAAAGUAACUCAAAUUCUAUUUGGCUAUUAUUUAGAACUUAUAAAUAGUCUGGAUUCUUAUGAUCAAUUCUUCCAGCCAGAGGGAGAUUUGUUGGGCUUGAGCUCGAGUAACAACACUAUCAUCGAAAGCCAGCUCGAUAUUAAUGCCGGCUCCUUCAGCAACAACGGAAGUAAUUUCAUAAGAAAGUUUGAGCCUCAUUCUCAAACUAGUACAGACCCAAAUCAUUAUUCCAGUGCUACGAGCUGCAAAAGUGCUUCUACAACCACAAGAGCCUCUACUGCUACCAACACUUCCACUACUGCUACCAUUAAUACCACCACAGUUUCCUCCCACAAUAUCAGCACUUGUGCCAACAUUGCUACUUCUGUCUCCUCAAGCACUUUAGAAAGUGAAGAAGAGGUUACUACAGAAUAUGAAGUGGAAACAGAAAUAGAAGAAAAGGAUAGAAACCAUAAUGGAGAUGUCAUUUGGGCCAAGACCUAUGACAUUUAUCCAGACAUUUUUGUCUCUUGGAGGAGAAGUAUUCUUUAUCCUUCACUAUGA